ACACCUGAACGCCCCUGUGUCGCCGAGGAGCCUCCCGGCAGGGAGAGGAGCACCGGUUCCCCUCGCGCCGCACAUCAGCGCGGACCGCGGACGCCUCACCUCCCGGUCCCGUCCCUUCCUUUUCCUCCAGGGGAGGAGGAUGGGGUUGGAAACGCUUCCCCCGAGGAUGCUCGUGUGGCUGGUGGCCUCGGGGAUUGUUUUGUACGGGGAGCUUUGGGUCUGCGCUGGCCUCGACUAUGACUACACUUUUGAUGGGAGCGAAGAGGAUAAAGCGGACACGAUAGAUUACAAGGACCCUUGUAAAGCCGCUGUGUUUUGGGGUGAUAUUGCCUUAGAUGAUGAAGACUUAAGUAUCUUUCAAAUUGAUAGGACAAUUGAUCUUACACAGAACCCCUUUGGACUUGGACAUACCACAGGUGGAUUUGGAGACCAUAGUAUGUCAAAGAAACGAGGGGCCCUCUACCAGCUUAUAGACAGGAUAAGAAGAAUUGCCUCUGGCUUGGAGCAAAACAACACAGUGAAGGGAAAAGUACCUCUAAAAUUCUCAGGGCAAAAUGAGAAAAAUCGAGUUCCCAGAGCUGCUACAUCGAGAACGGAAAGAAUAUGGCCUGGAGGUGUUAUUCCUUAUGUUAUAGGAGGCAACUUCACUGGCAGCCAGCGAGCCAUGUUCAAGCAGGCCAUGCGGCACUGGGAGAAGCACACAUGUGUGACUUUUAUUGAAAGAAGUGAUGAAGAGAGUUAUAUUGUAUUCACGUAUAGACCUUGUGGAUGCUGCUCUUAUGUGGGUCGGCGGGGAAAUGGACCUCAGGCAAUCUCUAUCGGCAAGAACUGUGAUAAAUUUGGAAUCGUUGUUCAUGAAUUGGGCCACGUGAUAGGCUUUUGGCAUGAACACACACGACCAGAUAGAGAUAACCAUGUCACUAUCAUAAGAGAAAACAUCCAGCCAGGUCAAGAGUACAAUUUUCUGAAGAUGGAGCCUGGAGAAGUGAACUCACUUGGAGAAAGAUACGACUUUGACAGUAUCAUGCACUAUGCCAGGAACACCUUCUCAAGGGGGAUGUUUCUGGAUACAAUUCUCCCAUCUCGCGAUGAUAAUGGCAUCCGUCCUGCAAUCGGUCAGCGAACCCGAUUAAGCAAGGGCGAUAUUGCACAGGCCAGAAAGCUGUACAGAUGUCCAGCAUGUGGAGAAACUCUACAAGAAUCCAAUGGCAACCUUUCCUCUCCAGGAUUUCCAAAUGGCUAUCCUUCUUAUACACACUGCAUCUGGAGAGUUUCAGUGACUCCAGGGGAGAAGAUCGUUUUGAAUUUUACCACGAUGGACCUGUACAAGAGCAGUCUGUGCUGGUAUGACUACAUUGAAGUAAGAGAUGGGUACUGGAGGAAAUCGCCUCUCCUUGGUAGAUUCUGUGGGGACACGUUGCCUGAUGUUCUUACCUCUACAGACAGCAGAAUGUGGAUUGAAUUUCGUAGCAGCAGUAAUUGGGUGGGAAAAGGCUUUGCAGCUCUUUAUGAAGCAAUCUGUGGAGGUGAGAUACAUAAAAAUGAGGGACAGAUUCAGUCUCCUAAUUAUCCUGAUGACUACAGACCGAUGAAGGAAUGUGUGUGGAAAAUAACAGUGUCGGAAAACUCCUAUGUUGGAUUGACCUUUCAGGCCUUUGAGAUUGAAAGGCAUGACAACUGUGCCUACGAUUACCUGGAAGUUCGAGAUGGAAACAGUGAAAAUAGCCCGUUGAUAGGGCGUUUCUGUGGUUAUGAUAAACCUGAAGACAUCAGAUCUACCUCCAAUACCUUGUGGAUGAAAUUCGUUUCUGACGGAACUGUGAACAAGGCCGGGUUUGCUGCCAAUUUUUUUAAAGAGGAAGACGAGUGUGCCAAACCGGACCGUGGGGGCUGUGAGCAGCGGUGUCUGAACACUCUGGGCAGUUACCAGUGCGCGUGUGAGCCUGGCUACGAACUGGGACCAGACAAGAGGGGCUGUGAAGCGGCCUGUGGCGGACUUCUUACCAGACUUAAUGGUACCAUCACCACCCCAGGCUGGCCCAAGGAGUACCCUCCGAAUAAAAACUGCGUGUGGCAAGUGGUUGCACCAACUCAAUACAGAAUUUCAAUGAAGUUUGAGUUUUUUGAAUUGGAAGGCAAUGAAGUUUGCAAAUAUGAUUAUGUGGAGAUUUGGAGUGGCCUUUCCUCUGAGUCUAAAUUGCAUGGCAGAUUUUGCGGUGCCGAAGUGCCUGACGUGAUCACAUCUCAGUUCAACAACAUGAGAAUUGAAUUCAGAUCUGACAAUACUGUAUCCAAGAAGGGCUUCAAAGCACACUUUUUCUCAGACAAAGAUGAAUGCUCUAAGGAUAAUGGCGGGUGUCAACACGAGUGCGUCAACACGAUGGGAAGCUAUAUGUGUCAGUGCCGUAAUGGAUUUGUGCUGCAUGAAAAUAAACAUGACUGCAAGGAAGCUGAGUGUGAACAGAAGAUACACAGUCCAAGUGGCUUCAUCACCAGUCCCAACUGGCCAGACAAGUACCCAAGCAGGAAGGAAUGCACAUGGGAAAUAAGUACCACUCCUGGCCAUCGGAUCAAAUUAGCCUUUAGUGAGUUUGAGAUUGAGCAGCAUCAAGAGUGUGCUUAUGAUCACUUGGAAGUAUUUGAUGGAGAAACAGAAAAGUCACCAAUUCUUGGACGACUCUGUGGCAACAAGAUACCAGAGCCCCUUGUGGCUACCGGAAAUAAAAUGUUCGUCCGGUUCAUUUCUGAUGCAUCUGUUCAGAGAAAAGGCUUUCAAGCCGCACAUUCUACAGAGUGUGGUGGCCGACUAAAAGCUGACCCGAAACCCAGAGAUCUAUACUCGCAUGCUCAGUUUGGUGAUAACAACUACCCAGGACAGGUCGACUGUGAGUGGCUGGUAGUGUCAGAGCGCGGCUUUCGCCUGGAGUUAUCCUUCCCGACUUUUGAAGUGGAGGAAGAGGCUGACUGUGGCUAUGACUAUGUUGAGCUCUUUGAUGGUGUCGAUUCAACAGCAGUGGGGCUUGGUCGGUUCUGUGGAUCUGGGCCACCAGAAGAAAUCUACUCCAUUGGGGAUGCGGUUUUAAUUCACUUUCACACUGAUGACACAAUCAACAAGAAAGGAUUUCAUAUAAGAUACAAAAGCAUUAGAUAUCCAGACACCAUGCAUACCAAAAAAUAACACCAAAACGUCCAUUGGAACAUCAAGGAAUGUGCAUAAUGGCGAGAAGACAUAUUUUUUUUUAAUGUUUUAUAUAAUGAGUUUAAACGGAAGGAAACUGUAAGACCAGAAUUAUCUCUGCACUACAAGAGAAGUUUUUGGCUAUUUCUGAUCAGCAUUACCAGGAGAUUGGAACUCCUAUGCUUGACGGUAUAAAUCGAAAUAAAGCUGGCGAAAGGGUGUCGUGUUACUUCAAGAAGACUCCACAAGCUUUUGUUGACAGCUUGACAUAGAUGCCUUGCAAUUCAGGCAGUUCAAUUCAGGGUCUGUGACCUUGUAGAGUGUUCUUCUUGAAUUUUUCAAGAUUUGGGAGAAAUAAAAUGGUCUCGCUGGUCAUCAACUGAAAAACCCUCUUCCUGCGUCUGAGGAUAAUUGCUUUGGCAUUGUAUCCUGGAUACGGAUCCUUAGAGGAUGUUGGGAAAUGGGAGUCUUUUGAGGGUGCUUUGUACUUUACUUGUGGGUGUGUCCGAUGUUCGGGAAUUGGAGUACUUGGGUUUUGUUACUUUCGCUUGCAGGCCAGAUUCAAUGAGACACAAAUGAUCUCGUGGCCACUUCGUUUCCUGGCGUUUUGACGAGUUGGAAAUGUCAGUAGUGUCCAUCAUUGCAGUUAAUCUCUAGACAUCAUUUAUUUAGAUGCUGGUAAACGCCCAUCCGAUUGGUAAGCCAAGGUCUUUCAGUGAAAGUGCUCCCUUUGCACACCAAACUUAAGAAGCGCCAUGAUGUCUUAGGAACUGCAGGAGAGAACGCCCAACAGGUGUGAACAGAAUUCUUCUAAGUGACUGCCUGGAUGGUCCAUUCUCAAGUCACCGGAGCUGCUACCGUCUUUUCUGUUGUUGUCAAUCUGUCGUAGUUGUUAUUGCUGACGUCACAGUUAAUGUUGUAUUUAAAAAAAAAAUGAAACAAAGUGGAAGUAGGCCAUGUAGUCAUUGAAAGCUCUCUCUCUCUCUUGCCCUCUCGCUCUCGCUCUCUCUCUCCCUCCUCUCUCUCUUUCUCCGUGGGAUUCAGAUUUUUAAAAAUGCCAUGUGGGGAAAAAGGAUUUGUUUCCGAAAGACUUUCUAUGGUGCUAUUCCAUAAAUGUUUGUUUUUAAACAAAAUUUUUGACCUUUGAGCCAACCACCUGUAGACUAUGAAUGUCUCCCUGGUCUGUCUGGUGGCAUGUGAAGACUGAAGACUUGUUAAACGUAUCAAGAGUGUAUCAUUGUGAGGGCAGCACUCAUCCUGUGGAACAACUACUUAUAAUGCCUUAGAAUUCUUGCACAUGAUCAAACAGAUCCUCCUAGAGACACACCUUUCGAAAGGUUGAACUUAAUAAUGUAUGUGAAUUAGCAACUCCAUGAGGCUUAUCCAUUUCCGUGACUAAGAACAUCGGGUAUAAAUAUGGUGUCCUGCUUUUGUUGUAGAAAAUGAAUUUUCUGCUUUAAAGCCAUUUGUGUUUUUAAUAUAGUGUAUGUAUAUGUGAGGUUGUCUGAGUGAGUGGAAGUACAAGAAGGUUAAAAGUAGUGGGGAAUGAAAAAGUUACAAUUUAUGUGCCAAGUUCUAGAAUCCUGUCUGAAGUAGCACCUUUGUUAGGAGAUUUCAUGGACAAAUAAUAGGAACUUCUAAUUAUUAUCCACCCCAUUAUAAAAAUGGAUUUUUCCUUUACAGAAACUCUAUUUUGAUAUAUUUUCAUGUUGAUCUAGAUUCCCACAUGAAAUAGUUUGGUUUCUGUUACCUGUCCAUGAACAUUUAACAUUCAAAAAAAUUGGGUAUUUUUUUUUUCAUUUUUACAAAUUAAACUAUACACACAGGUCUAUCUUAUUCAGUUUUUUUGUCAUAUCCCUGAAAAAUAUUUUCUUUCAUAUGAAUUAUACUAUGUAAAUACAUUUUUAAAACCAAUCUUUUGAUCUUCUUGAAUGUUACUUUGGGAAUCUGUCACUCUUGCCUGCAAUAUAAUGAGCUUUCUAGUAGAGCUGAUUUAUUCCAGUAACUUCUUCUAUAUUUUUUCACUAAUCUUCAAGUAGCCAAAAUAUAGGAAUGGGAAAAAGAGGGAAAAAAUCAUGAACACCUUGUGGACUACCCUAUGCCUGGCCUGGUACUAGGCACAUGGCACUAGCCUUUUUUUUUUUUAAUUUUAUGCUGCCGUUUGAGACUUGAGGUAAUGUUCUCAUUUUGUAAUUUAGGACUGGAGGCUCAUAGAAGGUAUGUAACGUUCUCAAGGUCACAGUGUAAAUGAGAUGUUGAAAGCCAGCUUGUCUGAUAUAAAAACCUGUGCUCAUUCUACAAAAUGUAGUCAAAUCAAUCUUGACAUAUAUAAAUAGCGGACAUGUUUUUAUGAUGAAACUUUUCCACAUAAAGUAAAUUUUAGGGGUGAAUUACAGUAAAACUUUCAGGAUAAAUAUAUUGUUCUUUUCAGGAACAGCAUGGCAAAUCAAACAUCAGCUGUAGAUAUCUCUAAGAACCUCAGUUAGUGCUAGAAAUUAAAGAAACAAAACCUGCUCCAUAGUUCAGAGUUAGUAACCACAGACUUUUGUUAAAAUAAAUACAUUAAACUAUUUUAUCCGGCGUUGUAGGGGAAACGCAGUGUUCUACUUUAAGAAAUAUUUUGGAUAUUAUGAUUCACAUCUUAUUAAAAGCCACAAUGAGCUGCAUUGGACACAACUGAGAAGUGAAAGUGAAAAGGUAUUUGGAGAUGUCACGACUUUAGGUCUUCAAUGUGAACAUUAAUUUUUAAUGUACUUCAUGUCAGAUAUCAAUUCAUUGCCUAUUAUUUUUAUAUUAAUUCAGUUUGGGCUUAAAUGUGUCAUUAAUUCCAAGUACAAACAGCUUUGUUGUCAUUGUGUUAGUAAUUGUUAGCUACUGUUUUAAGCGUUUUAUUAAAUUAAUUUUGUAAAUUAUUUUCAACCCCUACAUCAGUAUAUUGGUUGUGCUCUCUCUUUGUCAAGUUCUAACUCCUAUACGAUCCUCACUGGCCAUCCACACACAAAAAACUGCUCCUACUUACUAUGAUUUUAUUAAAUUAUUUUUCAAGUCAACUUGAAUAUUAAUUUAGUCUUUUUAUGAGGUCAUGACUUAGCAUAAUUUUACAAAACAACAUUUUUUGAAAAUGUGUGAGAACCAGCAAUAUUUCCAAGGUCUCCAAAUGUCCCCUUGCUGUAUUGGCUGGCUUUUAGCUAUCCAGGCUUAAUUUUAAUGUAUCACAGGAUCAGAUUCAAUUCUGUCCAAUUUUGUUUUUAAAGUUUAGUCUCUCUUAUUUGGUUUCUAUUAUUACUAUAUUUUUCAGUGUAAGCCUCAAAUACUAAAUUUCGCUCUCCCAUAGAGAAAAUUUCUAAAAGCAUCUAACGACUAAUUAUUCUUCUUCAGAAGUAAAUGUAAACAUCUUAUUGAAUGUUACUUUGAAUUCAAGUAAAUGUUACUUGAAUGUUACUCAAGCUCAUUAAAGUAAAUGUUACUUUUUAAAAGUAAAUGAUACCCAUGUGUGACAUUUACAAAUAACUGACUUAAGGCAGUUAUCAACAUGUUUGGAAAUUGUAUUUAGUGACAAUGGGAAUAAAACUUCCUUUUUGGAAAACCUU